AUGUUUCGUCGCAAGAAGAUGUCUACCCGAGAUCGUCCCCAAGUCUUCGGCUACGAUCGCGAUGCUUUCGUCUCACUUGUGAAGCGCCACUACAAGCUGCUCGUGGACAUGGGUCAUCUGCACCCGGAAGCCCUCCAGGCCCCAGAUGAGGCGGGAUGGACCGAUGCGGAACUCAACGUCGACGCGCUGCGGACCCUGGGCCGGUCCGAGACAAUCAUUGACCUUUUGCGACACCUGCCGUACCCGAGAGCGGGUCCGCCCGGCAGCGACGAGGCCGUUGACGAUGCGGUGGUCUACUAUGAGACCAAGGCUCUGUCCUACCUCAAAAACAAGUGGCAGCCCGAAAAGGACACGGAUCCAGACUGGCACAAACGGCCGUUUGCUAUGCUUGGGCUGGCACCUUUUGACAAGCCCGUGCCGCCGCACAUGGUAUCCUUGACGUAUGAUGAAGCGCAAAUCGGAGUGAUUUGGCUCAUCGACACGGAACGAGGAUGUGUCUAUCCUCAGGGCGAUGAGUACUACUUGUACGAUGACGCCCCUCCCGAGGCUGAAGGCGACGAGCCGUGGCUCAGCGCAAAAGCGCUUUCAUUUCAGAUCUUCUUCGACAAGAUGUACAAGGAAAUCUCGUCUCUGAAACUGGUCCCAGCACCUACGGCGGGAAACUUUGGGGCGGCGAUCAGGGCCGCGAAGGACCCGGAUGCCAAGGCAAUGAAACGGCUGUACAUUGAGCACGGCUGGCCGGAGGCUUUCAGGAAAGACGAGUUUCUCAGGGCAGCCGUGCCAGCUCGUGCAGCCGUCCUGGACGACGAGUACGACUGGUCAGACGAGUAA